AUGGCGUCCGCUCACGAGACUACCGCCGCCGAGGCACUCCAGCACAACCAGCAGGUUGCUGACCAAAACCCCCACGUCUACGGCGCUACCGUAAACGACUCCAACGUCGCCGGCGCGCACGUCUCUCUCGAGAAGCCUCACAUUGAUGGCUCCGACUCUGCUUCCGUCGUUGUCGAGGAAGAUGGCAUCGGUGGUGUCAAGCCUACCGCCGAGGAUCUUGCUACCCUCCGCAAGGUUGGAGAGCCUCUCCCCAAGAGCGCUUUCCUAGUCGCCAUUGUCGAACUUUGUGAGCGCUUCACCUACUAUGGCGCCUCUGGUAUCUUCCAAAACUACAUUGCUCGUCCUCGCAGUGGAGAGCAAGGUCGUGGUGCCCUGGGUAUGGGACACCAAGGAGCCACUGGUCUUUCCACCUUCUUCCAGUUCUGGUGCUAUGUCACCCCGAUUCUUGGUGCCAUCAUCGCCGAUCAAUACCUCGGAAAGUACAACACGAUUGUCAUCUUCUGCUGCGUCUACAUUGUCGGACUCAUCAUCCUUACCUGCACCUCUAUCCCUGCUGCGCUCGAUAGUGGCGCAGGCCUUGGAGGCUUCAUCGUGUCCAUUGUUAUCAUUGGUUUAGGAACUGGAGGUAUCAAGUCCAACGUUGCGCCUUUGAUUGCCGAUCAGUACAAGCGAAGGCAAAUGGUCAUUGGCCGUGAUGACAAGACUGGCGAGCGUGUUAUUAUUGAUCCUGCCAUUACCAUUCAGAGAAUCUACAUGAUUUUCUACUGGUGCAUCAACGCCGGAUCUCUCUCGCUGCUUGCCACGCCUUACAUGGAACGCGAUAUUGACUUCUGGCCCGCAUACCUUUUGUGUCUUUGCGUCUUCUUCGUCGGUCUUCUUGUCCUUGUCCUUGGCCGCAAAGUCUACGUUGUCCGCCCUCCUCAGGGCUCCGUCAUCACGAAUGCGUUCCGCGUAAUCUUCAUGAUGAUCAAGAACCGCAACAUGAACGCUCCCAAGCCUUCCUUCCAGGCUGGUCUUGGAAGGGAUACAAACCUCCGCUGGGACGACCACUUCGUCGAGGAAGUCAAGCGUGCCCUUGUCGCUUGCCAGGUGUUUGCGUUCUACCCAAUCUACUGGGUCAUCUACGGUAACUUCUCCACAAACUUCGUCACCCAGGCCGGUCAAAUGCGCAGCCACGGCAUUCCCAACGAUUUGAUGCAGAACUUUGAUCCCAUUGCCAUCAUUGUCUUCCUGCCUCUGGUCGACCAGAUCCUCAUGCCCACUCUCCGCAAAUACAAGAUCCGCUUCCCGCCGAUCAACCGUAUCGUCACUGGUUUCUGGAUCGCUGCUUUGGCCAUGGUUUACGCUUGCGUCAUCCAAUACUACAUCUACCAAGCCGGCCCCUGCUACGGCAAGCCUACCCUUUGCGAUGCCGAUCUCGUAGACGGCGUACACCAGGGAAACAACAUUCACAUUGCAGCCCAGACUGGUGCCUACAUUCUCAUCGGUCUCUCUGAGAUUUUCGCCUCAGUCACUGGUCUUGAAUAUGCUUACACCAAAGCGCCCCCUGGCAUGAAGUCAUUCGUUCAGUCCAUGUACCUCCUUACCAACGCUUUCGGUUCCGCCAUCUCCGAGGCGCUGAACCCGCUCCUAUACGACCCCGCUAUUAUGUGGGUGUUUGCUGGUCUCGCCAUUGCUGCCGUCAUUGCAGGUGCCUUGAUUUGGAUCAUCUUCCACCACCUCAACGACACUGAAGACGAGAUGAACCAGCUUGACCAGGACAUGGACAAGGACCCGGCUAUGCGCAAGAGCAGUGUGAACGGUCAGCACACAAUAGAUAUUGAUGAAAAGGCAUAG